AAAAACAGAAUAAGAAAAACAUGUAGACGAAAUACACCAAAACAAAAAAAUUUGGCCCCGCGAUCUCCGACGAAUGUAAACAAGACUUCGCCAGUAAUUUCUUCAUUGUUACUCGUUCACAGACGGCAAGUUCUGUGACUCCCUCCCUCUCCCUCUCCCUCGCCCUCACAAGAUGUCGGUGCAGAUAGAAAAGAGGCGCUAUGAGUGUUCUGCCCUCCCGCGCGGCUGGAAAAGAGAGGAAGUGCUGAGGAAAACUGGGCUGACUUGCGGUAAAGUAGAUGUGUAUUAUUACAGCCCCAACGGCAAGAAGUUCCGAAGCAAGCCCCAGUUGACCCGCUACCUCGGUGACACUGUUGACCUUUCCUCUUUCGAUUUUCGGACUGGGAAGGUCAACCCAAUGCUGGCGAGGAAGAACAAGAAGCCCCGUGGUACCCUCUUUGAUUACAGCCGUGGGAUGCGUAACGAUGCAGCUCUGGUUCCCCCCAUCCGCCAGACAGCCAGCAUAUUUAAACAGCCAGUUACGGUAGUAAAGACCCAGCCAUCCAGCAAGGUCAAGGCCGACAUGAAACACGGGUCACAGGACAAGCCAAAGCAGCUGUUCUGGGAGAAAAGACUGCAGGGUUUACAAGCUCUGGACGCCCAAACUUCUGUGUUGAGAAAUGUCGACUUACCAGCUGCUCUGAAGGCUGUGGGGCCGAACGUGGAGGACCAGACUGUGCUGCAGAGUGUCGCCACAGCCCUCCAUGUGUUUCCUGGCCCCAUUACCGGCCAGACAGAGGCGAGACAUUACUUAGAAAAGAACCCUGGAGUGUUUUUGAACCCGUCACAGCCUCUCGUCAUUUCCGUGCAAAUAGAAAACGAGGACAUAGCAAGACAGGAAGAGAGAGUGGGUCUUGCUCGACACCAGCUGGAGAAGGCAUUGAGGGAGCUGCAGCCGUAGAGAGAGAGAGAGAGAAAGAGAGAAAUUUUCUAUGUAUAACUGUUUUUGCUUUCUCUCUCUCUCUCUCUCUCUCUCUCUCUCUCUCUC